CUCAUUCUAGACUCUGUUUAAGGCAAAACAACAAGCGAAUACAAAAAGAGAAAGAAUAAAAUGCUAGACAACAACCCCCGCGAAACCAUCACCCAACUCUUCUCCUUCCUCCGCGCCCAAGGAAACACAGAUUACCUCGGCGAGCGCGUCUCCCAGCUCCAACACUCCCUACAAUGCGCCCAUCUCGCCACUCAAUCCCCCCAAUACGGAUCCGACCCGGAGGUCAUCCUGGGCGCAUUACUCCACGACGUCGGGCGCUUCAUCCCCUCCGCAAAGAACAUGCCCGCCAUGAUCGCGCCAGACGGGGCAUACAUCGGGCAAGCAAGCCACGAGGUCCUCGGCGAGCGAUACCUGCGCCAGCUGGGGUUCAGCGAGAAAGUGUGUCAGCUGGUGGGGUCGCAUGUGGUGGCGAAGCGGUUUUUGACGGCCACGGAGAAGGGGUACUAUGAUGGGUUGAGCGAGACGAGUAAGCGGACGUUGGAGUUCCAGGGAGGUGUGUUUUCGGAGGAGCAGGUUUGUGAGGCGAGGGGGGAUCCGUGGUUGGGGGAGAAGUUGGAUGUGAGGAGGUGGGAUGAUCGCGCGAAGGAUCCUGAGAUGGAGGUUCCUGGUUUGGAGGAGUAUGUGGAGUUGGCUGUGCGGUGUCUUGAUGAAUCGAGGGCACAUGUCGUUGUGGUCUCCCGCCGGUAUCCACUCCCUGAAACGCCCGUCUUGAUUGUCUCGGUCUCGGAAGGUCUUUUGGACCAGUGUCUGGGCCAUGUGCAGGAGGUAAAACGCUAUGGCUGGAUCGUUGAAGGCUUUCCUCGCGCGGAGACUGGGAACAGACCGGCUGUGGAGCAAGAGGUGCUUGAACAGCUGGCGCGACGAGGAGUCAGGGUAGCUGACCUUGCCGCUGGUGCCCAGGACUCUUCCAAGAACGAUACAUGUCUAGCUCUAGAUUCAGACGUAGUCGACAUCUACAAUGAGCUGGAAGGACUGUCCGCCACAGACCCGACAGGCCGUGCUCAGGUCGUGGUACGGCGAGGUCUCGCCCUGCUCCAGCAACGGAAAUCCGACUUCGUUUACCUCUCUCUGCCGACUAAUUUGGCGGAUACUUCAUUUGGUAAUCUUCUAGAGGAGCUCAAAGAUGGACUAGUCGGUCUGGACGUGGUCAUAGCGAUAACGGCAGACAAGGCUCCAGAUGGCCGGGACAGCACUGGGCGGACAGUAUUUGACGCGGUCUUCGACCGAGCCAGAAAAUCUACCAAAGCAUCUUCUGUUAUUCUACCAUAGCCAAUUGUACUUCUAUAAUGGGUGAUGGGAUUCCGCAUCAAGCGGCCACGG